UCACGCAAUCACAUCAGUUUUUAUUAAAAAAAACAGCCGGCUUGUGAACUUGUUUGAGAAACAUUUUGUUUUGUUAGCAGUUUUUGUGCAAAAAUCCAGCAGGAUUCAGUUUUGCAAAAAUGUCCUCACCUGCGCCAAAGUCUCCGGAGCUGUCGGACAAGAGUCGGAAGUACGAUCGUCAGAUUCGUCUGUGGGGUGAGCACGGCCAGACGUUGCUAGAAAAUGCUCAGAUUUGCCUAAUCAACGCUACCGCCUUGGGGACGGAAAUAUUAAAAGGAGUGGUUCUACCCGGUAUCGGAGGAUUCACUAUAGUGGACAAUGGGAUUGUUACAGAGGAAGAUAUUGGUUGUAAUUUUUUCCUUGAUUUGACUUCGGUUGGUCAACCGAGGGCGAAAAGUGCAACCCAGUUUCUACAGGAACUAAAUCCGGAUGUACAUGGUGAUCAUGUGGAGGAGAAUGUUGAUCAACUGAUUGAAGCGCAGCCGGAAUUUUUCAAAAGUUUUGAUGUGGUUGUUGCCACAGCUGUGAACGAACGAACAACUGUGCGGCUAUCGAAUUUACUUUGGGAUCAGCACAUUCCGUUUAUUGUGUGCCGGUCGCUUGGAUUCUAUGGGGUAGCUCGGCUACAGGUAAAGGAACAUUGCGUCAUUGAAUCUCAUCCGGACAGUCGACAAAGUGACCUUCGUCUGGAGCAUCCUUUCGAAGCGCUGAAGAAGCACAUGACUGAAACGGAGCUCACCCCCAAGGUGCCCUGGCUGGUAGUGAUGUACAAGUGCCUGCAGGAAUGGGUGGACGCUCACGAGGGAAGAUAUCCGAGCAAUUACAAGGAAAAGUCAGAACUGAGGGAACUAAUACGGUCCAAGAUGACUGCGGAUGAGGAAAACUUUGAAGAAGCGAUAAAAGCAGUUAAUUCCAGCUUUGGAGCGGGCAAACCAAGCUCCGGAAUCAGGGAGAUUUUGGCUGAUGAUUGUUGUCUGAAUGUUAACAAAGAGAGUAACGCUUUCUGGAUUCUUUCUAGGGCACUGAAGGAUUUUGUAGAAAAUGAGGGAAACGGUUUACUUCCGUUGCCGGGUGUUCUGCCUGACAUGACAGCGGACACAGCUUCGUACAUAAACCUACAGAAUGUAUAUCGGUCGCAGGCAGUCCACGAUGCGGAAAUUGUAUAUCGUCGUACCCGACAGUUGCUAAAGGAAUUAAACAAACCAAACGAUUUGAUCAGCGAGAAAGAUGUGCGCUUGUUCUGUCGGGAAGCGGCCAACAUAGCCAUAGUUCGGGGAACAAAAAUUGCGGACGAGUACGAUAAAGGCUACAAAGCGACUCAGAUCUCUGCGGGUUUGGAAACGCCCAACUCAUUGAUGGUUCAUUACAUGACGUUGCGUGCGGUGGACAAGUUUCAGGCGGAAUACGGCUACCUGCCGGGGGAGUGCCAGGUUGAGGUCGACACUUCGAGGAUUAAAAGCCUAGCGGCAAAAAUGGUUAGCGAAUGGGGCAUUAGUACGCCACCGAUCAGUGAUGAUUUGGCCCAUGAAGUUUGCCGCUAUGGAGGAGCGGAGAUUCAUAGUAUUUCCGCCUUCUUUGGAGGAUGUAUUGCUCACGAGCUGAUCAAGUUGGUUACGAAACAGUACAAGCCUUUUGACAAUACCUUCAUUUACGAUGGGACCACGACACAGACAGAAACAUUCAAACUUUGAACUGGGAAAGGUCAGUAGUACUAUAUGGAAAGUAGCUUGGCUUUCGUCGUUGAUCCGUAACUAUCAAAAUAUAAUAUUGCUAACGGCAAAAUAUCUUUACUUUCCCAGAGAAAUAAAUAAA